UCGCAAAGUGUUGCAAGACAAAUAGUCGAUCUAUCGUUCGUUUGUUUAUUCACCAAAAUCAUCAUUUUUUUUUAAAUAAACGAUUAUAAAAGAAAAUCAGUGAAUAUUACAAUUAGAAAGAGAGAGAGAGACUGCUCUCUGUUGUCACAUGCAAGAUGGGAGUGAUGAGUGUAUUGAAAUGGCUCAGAAAGGAUAUUGGUUACAGAGACAGAAGAAGACAAAGUUUAUCCGAGAAGCAACCGAUUUUUCCAAAUGAAUCUUAUCGAAACGCAUUACAAGCAUUUAUGGAUCGUCGAAGAUUUUCAUCAUCGAUCAUAGAAACAGGAGUUGGUGGUAACAACAUUUUAAAUGUAAAUGACGUUUCUUUGUUAACGGAUAGUACUGUUAACGAUAUGGAAAAAGAUAAAGAUAUUGAAAACGAUUGUAAAAUAUCUCAAGAAGAAGAUUCAUUAUUGUUGCUGGAUGUACCACAUGUACCGGCAUCGGAGAUCUUUGAGAUCGGAUCGGUCGCUGGAACGGAGGAUCGAUAUUUGGAAUUGAUCUAUGCCGAGUGGGAAAACACGCGAAUCUCAUUGAAGAGGCAAACGCAUCCGGAGUGUCGAAACGCGGUCAAAGCAGACAUGGAAAUUCUCACAAAAAUUCGCCAUCCAAAUGUAUUGAUGUUAAUGGCUUUAACACAGACGGAAGAACACGGGCUCAUUUCAAUUCUCGAACCCGUAGACUGUACCCUUUACAAUUACAUACACGAGCAAGGCGAAAGAAUUUCCGUUCGGCAAAUGGCAAGGUUUGCUGGAAAAUUAGCCGAUGCACUUAGGCAUGCACACAUGCGUGGUUACAUCCACAGUGCGAUUAGUCCUCAUUGCGUUUAUCUCACCUUUGGUGAAACUGUUAAACUUGCUGGAUGGGAAUUGGCUGUCAGCGUAACUAACACAAAAUCCCCAAAAAUAUACGAGGACAUUUUACGCAGCGAAAUCAUCAGAUGGCAAGCACCAGAAUUAUUUUCUAAUAUUGUUUGCAAAGAGAACGACAUUUAUGGACUUGCCUUGCUCAUAUGGGAAAUGUGCACCAUGCGUAUACCAUGGAAUGGCUACGACGUUUCAGAAGUGAAAAAUCAGUACGUACAAUUGGGACAAAGUAUUCCUUUAGAUUUAGGCGAUUCUCCAGCGAUAAUUUAUAGUUUGUUAGAAGUAGCUUUACAAAUUGAUCCUGCCAAAAGAAGUAUCGAUCUUAUUAAAACACGCAGAUUGUUACAAAGUCUCGAAAUAAAACACGAGUAUAAGGAGGACGAAUGCAAAAGAAAAGAAAAGAAAGAAAUUAACAAGACAAUUGUAACACCAAGCACUAAAAAACCCUCGACUGCAACUGACUGUAAUAGCCCAUCUACGGUGAUAUCAUUAAAUGAAAAUGUGGACAUUGUAAAAAGUAGAACAUGUUUGGAUUCUACGAAAAUCAAAAGUAUAGCAGAAAAAAACACUUCGAACGAAGUGUUCAUCACAGAGUGUUCACCAAAUUCAAAAUUAAAUUCACUGAUUCAAAAUGAUCGACAGAACUUUCUUUCGAGUCCAAAGAGAUCAAUCGAAAGAGAUAAUCAUAAAGAAAUGAAAUUAACUUCAUUGGAUAAAAAGGAAAAUAAAGAAAAUAAAAAUAAUUCGAAGAAAAGAAGUAACAAUGUCAAUUCUGAUUUACCAGAGUUACAAUCUUACAGUGCGUUUAAAAAGUCGCAACUUAUGAAACAUUCGAAAUCAUUGAAUAGAAAAAGUGAACAAGUAGAAUUACCUAAAAUUUUGACUGAAUCUACUUGCAGUAAUAUAUCUGUAGUAUCUUCUUUUAACAUUGCAGAAGAUAUUACAGCAGAGACUAAUCCACGUGCUAAUUUGCAACGUUUGAAAGAAACUCUUGCUAAUAAAAGAGAACGUUUUUUUAAGAAUAUCGAAACACCCCAACCUCAGUCACCUGAAAACAAUGAAAGUAAAUGUCAAGAUGAUUCAAUCGUCGAGUCAGAAAUAUUGGCCAAAGUGAAGAGUAGAGAUUACGAGCCACAUAAACCUGCUAGUCAUAAGACAAGUUUAGAAAAAAAAUGUAAUAGAUCUCCCGGUUCAUACGAUUCGCCAUACAUAUCACCAUAUAUUUCGCCUGAUCAAUCAACUUGCAAACAACCUUACUCACAGAUGCCUACAAAUAUAAAAACUGCAAUAAUGAAACCUCGUGUAAUAUUAUCGCAUCCUCAAGGCUUUUUUGAAGCAUCCUUGUGGAAAAAGGAAAAAGAAAUUUGUAUAUCCAAAAUGUGGAAAGAGGAUCCAAACGUUACGCAAAUAUCUGCGGGAACUGCAGAAAAUUCUGUUACGAAAUUAGACGAUCUUAUAAAACCUUUGGAAACGUGUAAUGUUAACAACAAAUCAGUAGACGUUAAAAAACAAGGUGAACAAAACGACAACAGGGUAUUUACCGAAAGGGUGGUAACUGAGUCUGAGUCGAGAUCAGAAAUGGAUUCGUUACAAGUUUUGAAAGAUGCGUUGGAUAGAGCAACAGAAAUCAUUUGUGCAAAUAAAUCUAUUCAGAAUGAAUCGGGCACAACACAUUUACCUUCUUACAAAUCCUGUGAUAAUAUUAAUACUGUAACAAAUAACACGUACAUUAGUAAAUCGUUCCUGAAUAAUAAGGCAUAUAAAUUAACUUAUACCGACGAUAUCAAAGAUGACAAAAACAAGAAACUAGACGAUACAAAUAAAACAUUAAUGUCAAAUAAAAAUCGAUCCUUUGAUAACGAAUUAAAUAGUAAUACGUUGUUGAAAGAAAACAUCAAUGAUACUAAAAAAACUAACUUUACUACGAGAGAAAAUCAAGACGGAAUCUACAGAGCAAAUGUUUGUCAUUUAAAAAACUCAUUACAUGAUAUUGAUACGAUUAAAUUUAAUGAUAAGAAAUUAUCCAACAGAAAAUAUACUGAAAAUUACUUUUCUUCAAUGUCGACCGAUGUAAAACAGAAUAUGGAAUCUUCGAGCAAAAAUUGCAGUAAAUGCAAUAACAAAUUAUCAAUAAAAAGAAGAUUUUCAUUACCAAAUAUUAUUCCUCAUCAUAAAGUAGGAAAUCAUUCGCAUUUAGGCAAACUACCGAUACGUAAAGCUGACAAUUCUGCUAAUACCUCGAUAGAGGAUUUCUACAUCGACGACGAUAAUUUAGAAUUGAAUAAUUUAAAUGUUAAUAUGGUAUUAUUGAACGACGAUGAAGUUUUUUACGAUAAUUAUUUCUUUGACAAAAAAGCAACUUAAAAUUUCAUUUUAUAAUGCGAUCAUUUCUUUUUUUUUUUUUAUUCUCUCCAUUUGAAUAUUUUUCACAAGUUUUGUUCUACACAAAAAUUUGACUAAUACUUAAUGUUAAUAUAAGUAAACUCCAACUAUGGUUGAGUAUUAAAAAGUGAGAGAGAGAGAGAGAGACAGAGACAUUGAAUAAGAAAACAAAAAAAGAAAAAAACAAAGCCUUAUUUUUACUUAGAAAUAGAAAUUAGCUAACAAUAAGUUCUUUUGUUCGUACAAUAUAUAUAUAUUUUAUUUUUUUACGUGUUAUAUAUAUAUAUAUAACUAUAUAUAUAUACAUUUAUUUAAUUAAUAGUACUCUAUAUAUUUCCGUUGUAAGAUAUUACUUUAAAUUAUAUUAUUAAUAUAAAAAACAAAACGUUAU